GUAAAUUAUUAAAUGCGAUAAAAUCUAUGCUUGAUAGGAUUGGCACCUAUAUAUAGAUGAUCAACCUGAUUGAAGGUCAUAAUUGCAGAACCUCUACCCACUAUUUGGAAGGCAUGUUCCAGUAUCUAGAAUAAAGAAAAUGCCUGCACCAAACAUGAUGGCACAUUCCAUCAAAGCCAUAAACAAGCUGUUAUGAGAUUAGCCGAAUAGGAAGAUAUAAGACUAAAUUAAUAUUCACACGUAUUCGCCUAUACAAUGCUCUGCACAUAGGUAAGCGGAGCCUCCCUCUAUACAGCGACAAUACGUGACGAGACGAUAUGUUCCUGUUGGGAGCCAAAAUAAACAGAGCCAUCUGGUGAUUCACUUUAUUUCACUUCACUCAAAGCCAAAUCAUUGAACCGCUGAAGAUGACAGCAUACAGACGGCCAUCUAUGUGCUAGUUAUUGGCCCCUUAUCUCUUCCACCCAGUUAGCUCAUAAUCUUGUUUUAUUUCUCUUUCUAACACUGGAGUUUGCCACUCAAGGUUGUUGAGCAGAAAAAAGAAUUUUUUAUCAUAGAAACACAAGUGCAAAAAAGACACCGUCAAGAUUGAGCUGGGGCUUCCAGGAACUUUAUGGUCAAACUGAUAAUUCAUAAAAAGGACAUUGGGUUAGUACAUACUCCACUAGUAGCUUAUCUGGGGACCUGUUUCAUUGAUGGAUAUCCCUUUUCCAGUCAGAUUAUUCCUGAUAUCAACUGCCCUGCUAGUCUUGACACGGCGCUUUUCCCUUGUCAGCAUUCUGUCGAACCUACACGCAGGCUGUCCUUAGACAGUAUCAACUAAAUUGACAGGAUCUUCCGAGGACAGCCUUCAUUAGAAGACACAAGCCUUUGAGUGAGAGUGCUUGGAGUCGAUGAUAUAAGGAUUUGAAUGUCAGAAGGAGAAGGACGCUCGGAGAAAACCGGACAGUACCUGGAAAAGCCUCGUGUCUCAAAAGAAGGCGGUGUGCAUACUAUUUUUUUCCAUGCACGCAAGGAGAUGCCGAUAUGGCUCCUAAAAAGCAGAGGAAGAAGACUAUCCCGAAGACAUAUAAAUUUAACAGUCGUGCACCCAGCAGUAGCAUCGAUCAAGGUAACCAAAAUCAGACGUCGAGCCGCAAAACUUUGUUCAACCCUUACCGGGAACGGGCAAUCCAAGAUGAACAAUCGGUGCUUCUAAAUCGACCUUUUUUGGACCAGCAAUUGCCCCCGGGAACAUCGCGUGCAAAAGAAAUGGAAAAGAGAGGCACUAUCCAUACGGAACGGCAAAAGGAUAACGCGCAUACUUCCAAGUUUCCGGGACUGUUUGAGGAGGAAGAUGUGAAUACAGAGCAUGGAGAUUGGCAAAUGCUUGAUGCAAACUCCGAAAGUACUAGCAUUGCGGCACGUCGCCAUGCGAGCGGGCUACCUCUCGGAAUUCAAACCCAGGCUCAUUGUCUUCCGGUGAUUCGGCCUGGGUUGCAACUGCCCGAGCCUCCACUGACAGCAGUGUUGCCAAAACAAAGAGCUGUCAGUAUGCCUUCGGUGAAUAAACAAGAAUUAUCGAGUAUGCUUGCAACAACGGAGCAGUACCUGUCUGGUUUAAGAUUAAACCAGAAUAAGCAUGCCGGCGGCCUUGGUCAGGUGCCCUUGCCGCGUGCAAGUCGCAUUGCAAUCGAAGGUCAGAUUAGUCAACGAGUUCACCCUGCUGAUAGUAUUGUGACUUUACCGAGCAUCGGCAACCCAGGAUAUGGAUUUCAAGGCGACUCGACAAAGCUACCCCCCGUGAUAAAGCAACUCUUGGCUGAUGCAGACGCGAGAAGAGCAUAUCAUAGAAGAAAGGUUCAAGUUGCGCAGGGUCGUCACGACCAAUACUUAGCAGGCACAGGACCUAGGACCACAGCCUCAGUGAUGAAUAGCAGAGCACCACCUCGAAAUGGUCCGGAAAGAGAAAACACAAUGUCUGUAACCCCGGAAAUGUACAAUCCGUAUUCAAGAGUUCGUAAAACGACGCCAAGAACCUUGCGGUCAAGUCGACUGUUGUUCCGCGGACCCAGCAAUGGGUAUCUUAGCUUUGGUGACUUGGCACAGACUGACAUGCCAUCCCCGUCUUUGGAGCAUUUCUCAGUCACGAAAUUAUCCCGAACUGCUGUUCGAUAUGACCAUGCAAGAGUUUAUGAGCAACGCGAGCCAAAGUUUAGCGUGUUUCAAGAGCUUCUCAAACGGCCUGAGCUUAUCAUUACAUUAGCAUGUCAUCUUCGCGUCCAGGAACUUCUAAUCUUGUACAGAAUCAGCAAAUCAUUCCACAAUAUCAUCAACCAGCGCUAUACAACCGUGAUUCUUUCACAGGCACUAAGACAUGCACCGGAAUCUGCAAAAAUCUUUCCAUACCGUUGCUAUUCGAGACUUUGCAUUGACGACCCCGCGGAGCGUCCUCAUCCAGUAGCACAACGUGCGGCAGCCGGGCAGCAUCGCAAAGUCCCAUCCUUCCGUUGGCUCCUUAUGAUCUGUUUCCGGGAAAUGAUCUGUCACGAAAUUAGGAUGAUCAUGGACGAGGACGGGACUCCUUUGCCGGAACAAUGCGAAACAGUGAUGAAGAAAAUCUGGUUUGUGAUGGAUAUCCCGGAUACCAUCCGCCGAAUUGGGACGAUCCAGAAUCGAGAAGUCUUUACCGAUGCCGAUAUAUUCUUUGCAACAAUGCUUUUCGUGAAGAUUGACAUGCGAUUCACUGACCCCAUCACUGGGAGUGGCCGGGAUGGAAUGCGCCGAAUGUUGCUAUCGCAACCAAGUCUAUCGAUACUGUGGAAAGCUUUGAGCCGGACGGCAUUGGUGAGCAAGAUGGACGCAGUCAAGAUGUUUGUCCGUUGGAAAUGGCAGCCUCCUGCGCGUCUACUUGGCCAGCCUGUCUUUGGUAUCCCAGCAAACGAAAUCGGUAUCAUGCAGUUCGAAGGAUGGGGCCGGACGGGUAGUCGAGUCCGCUUGCAACGUCCAGAUGAAAUUAUUCUCAAGGAAUCAGUCCACCGACGAUUGAAUCUUCACUUACACUAUACAGAUAUGUUUUUGUGGGGCUAUGUCAAUCCGAACUCCUUGCAGGACAUGCCGCCUAUUCCAGAGCGUCGAAAUUUAGAGCGGUUAGAAGGAAUGGAGGAACUGCUUAUUCCCAAAGAUGAUGGAAGGGACAGGAGCAUCGGAAAAUUGGUGUCAGGACGGGUAGUAUUCGACUAAACUGUGAAUUCCCUGGCUUUAGUCGACUGGAUGAUAGCAGGCAGCGCAUGGCAGUCCGUAUCAAGCCCAAUGAUCUGAUACCAUUUAUGAAUUCCAAGUUGCUAUUAAGGUAAAAAUAAAGGAUGAAUACGUAUUAAGUGAAAAGACAAAAAAAAAAAAAAGGUUAGCUCAGAAAAUCUCACACAGCGAUAUGUUGUCGAAAGGGUUUUAAAAAAAUGAAAAGGGAAUUCAAAGUGCAGGAAGUACGUUAGCCAGGUUAAUCCAACCAACCUUCAUUUAUCAACAUCUCACUUUGAUUUCUGUGUACGGAGUAGACAUUUCAUUUUCGGUUUUUCAUCACCUCGCUCAACACGGAGUUGAUGGGGAUCGUGGGAUAUUCCUGGGCUUCCAAAAUUUGCAUGCCUGAAGGGAUUCAGUCUUCGGCAUUCAUUGGGCCCGACUAUGUUGUCUAGACGGUAGCCAAGUUAGGAAUAGCAUUGCUUUUUACAGGAUUUCACCUCGUAAAUUUGUAAUCCGAUUUUGCUGCCGCCAUUUCGACGGCAUUCCUCU